AUGUCCUCAUCCAACAAGUUUACGCAAGAUAGUCCAAACACCAAGGCAGGCAUUCAAGCAUCCCAGGCCUUAAUCAACUCAAAAAACCUUGACGAGAUAGUGGAUAUUCCACUAGAUUGCUUUAUCGGGGAGGAUUCAAAACUUGACUCGCAAGGUUACCCACUGUAUCCCAAUGGAAACACUGUCUGGAUCAAGCACCCAGAUGUUGAAGCUCCCCUCAAUUUCGGAAAAGUUGGUUUUAGUUACACAUCAAGAGUCACAUGGUCAAAGAAUAAACGUAUCAAGUCAACCAAGUUCAAGUGCCUCGGAGUACUGAUGUGCAGUAAUGAUUUAUGUGAUUAUCGUGGGCCACCCCCAACUGGAAAGGGGAAGAUCCCGGAGCUCAUGGCACAACACCCUACCUGCCUUGCACCACGCUGCAGCGAAAAGCUAGCUCACAUAGAUUGUGAAGGCACACACACCCGAGUUGACGUGGAUAUGGUCACAGGCUGGUCGAAACUUACUCAUUCAGGCAUCCAUGGACACCCUUGGCCAGAUUCAAAGAAGCCUGAUCUGUUGUCAAAAGCAAAACUUGCUCAAGUGAUUGUGAAUAACCCGGAUACAGCUCCUUUUCUACUCCGGGUUGGUCGAUCAAACGCAGGGCAGGCUCCUAUCAAGAGUGUAAACCAAAUACAUCCAUCUCUGGGUCAUAAAGACCGUCUGUCUUAUCUUCGGCGUGACAUAUUGGUCAAGGCGGGCCUGAUGCCCGCAAAAGCUAGUGAUGGAGGCGGAGACAAGCUACUUCUAGAUAUGUUUCACUGGAAUCACCAGGGGUUGAAGAUAAUCUCAUCAUCAUUUAUGGACAACGAGGAGCACUUCACCUUCCAGACCCAGUGGAUGGCUGAACGGCUGAUGGAUCGUGACGAAAAGAAUGACGUAUAUCGAGGUGGACUUUUAUCGGAUGUUACAUACAAGUUUUUUGAAAAUGGUUAUCUCCUUACGACAUCUAUGUACUGUGAAGAUUUAAUGAGAUGGAUUCCAGUUCAACUUACUUGGUUGCGAGGUCUCAAAGUCAGCCAUUAUAAAUGUCAUUUUGUCACUCUUCUGAAACAAUUCUUUAAGGCCUCCAUGACAAAGCAUGAAUGCGAGAUCCUUUCUCGCCAAGUUGUAGACUUCUCGAUGUCCCAAAAGGAGGGAUUUGUACAAGCUUAUAUGGAGGUUUUUGGUGAAAGUGACCGUGCCCGGGUCAUGCGAUUGCUGAAAGUUUGUCAGGAGCACUUUCGUCAGCAGGUCACCCGAGUCAAGCGCAACCAUAAAAUCAUUCCACCACACUUAGAGUCUGACUUCGCCGCACUUGCAAUGGGUUUGCUACAAGAAAAGGAAGACGGGGGAAAAACUCACGAAGAAAAGCUAGAAUACAUCCGUCAAAAGUUUCCUAAAGUAAAGCGAUGGUUAGACUGGUGGCAAAUGUCAGAUGUUCAAGCAAUGGUAUUUCCAAGUCGUCGGCCCCUCCCGGAAGACUUGCCCGAUGCAGACCAUGGAUUACCUGACACGACAAACGCACAAGAGUCAAUGCAUCGAAUAUAUUACAUGUUGUGCUGA